CUUUAUCACUUUUUUUCUUUUUCUACAAGAGAAAGUGUUCCCACUCUACUAUUGUUUACCUCUUCUAUAAGCUUAUGUAAUUAUGCCUUCUCGAGAAGCUAAGAGGCAUCUCAAGCGAAAAUUAGAAAGAAAGAAAAGAGAAAUUGCUGAAGGUAUGUCUUUGCUAUCUUAUGUCAGUUACAGAGUUUUACAAUUCAAUACUCUUUACGAAUGUAGGAAUUUGUAAGGACUGUGGAGAAGUUGGUCAUAUCAACAAAAAAAGUUACAAAUGCCAGCUUUACGAUGCAUCCAAAAAAAGAAAAGCAGGAGCGAAGGAUGAUUACGAGACUAAGGCUGCAAAGGCUAGAGGAAAAAAGAAGAAGUUGGAAGACAGCAAGAAACGAGCAGAACAAGACGUUGUUUGUUCCUCUUGCGGUAAAGCAGGCCACAGUAGAUCAUCUUCACCACUAUGCUUGAACUACAAGCCCCCAAAGGAUGUCUUGCUCCGCCAGCUGUUCGAAGAUGGUCAUGAAGUCUACAGCAGGAAACUGCUUCUAACCACACUGAUGAGACCAGCGUUUGCUCAAGUCGCUACAGAAAACAUCAUCAAAUUAGCAGAAUUUACCCGUCAAGUGGUGUAUAGAGCCCAACUAUUUGUGAACUACUACAUUACUGAUAACUACGAAACAACGACUGGUCACCCAUACCUUUAUGAGCAGAACUUCUGGUACAGCAUCUGCAAGCUUAUAUUAGGGAAGCGGGUCAGAAAUCGACAAUACAUGGACAUGUCGGUCACGCUUGCCUUUGAUGACUUUAAAAGCAAAUUUCCUACAAUCGUUUACAGUCUGAAGACACAUCCCAUGAAAGGAUACAGCGAUUCGCUGGCAGCAGCCUGCGUGACAUUGGCCACUACUUAUUCAAACUUUAUAGUAGAGAAUUUUGAAAAUAGGCUCAAGCACUACGCUCGAACAUGUUUGAAGCAUCUGUUCCCUGUAAGUCAUGAUCGCAUCCAUAACAACUGUAGUAGCAGAGUGUCUCACGAAGUUCUGUUUAUUUAUGUUCUAGGAGCAUAA